AUGGCUAUCGGCCGAAACGAAUUCCUAACGGCGGAGUGGGUCCUUGUCUUUCUUUGCUUCGUCGUUGUCUUGGCCCGACUAGCAGUGCGCACAUGGCACAGGAUAUGGUCCUUUUGGCUAUCCGAGAUAUUCCUCGUGCUCGCCCUCUUAUUUUUCAUUGCCCUCGUCGUUGGAGAUACGUAUACGAUGUCAAUAGGCAAAAACGCUUUUGUCGAUGAGUAUUUUGAUGAAGGCUUUGCAAAGUGGAAAUUUGCCAGUUCAGUCAUCUUUGAUCUGGGCUUUUACCUUCCAAGAUUCAGUCUGCUGGCUUUCUAUUACGAGCUUUUCCCAGCAGCCGAGAAGAAGUUACGACUGUGCCUCCACCUUGUCACGGCUUACUGUGCUUGUGCGUUUGCCACAACUGUAUUUGUGGACAUAUUCUGGUGUGGCGCUGAUGUGUCCCUAAAUUGGGUGAAUAGUGAAUCGGUUUGCACAUUGGCUAGUUGUCCGGAGCCCAUGUACAUCAAUUGGUCCAUCGGAAUCACCUCAGAAUUACUUGUCUUUGCACUACCAUUCGGAAUUCUCAGGUUAAAAGCCUUGAAAACGAAAGACAGGAGAGCGUUGCUAUGUAUCUUCCUACUAGGCAUUGCCACCCUUAUCACCAGCACUGUACGGUUUUACCUUACGGUACAAUCCAUUUGGUCAUUUUCGACCUAUCUCGUUGGCUCGGUUGAAAUUGCCUCCCAGAUCAUCGUCAUCGCCCUACCAGCCCUGCGACCAUUGCUCAGCGUCGUGGUUCGUUGGUGGAGCAAACACUUCCAUUCAAGGAUAGGGUCCCAAGAUAGAAAACAAGCUCAGCAAGUGCCUGGCACGGCUGCUAGCCAUCGAAGCAAGGAAAGAGUUGGAACAUGUAUCGAUACCGUCGAUACGACCAAAGGGACUGCGUCCCCUUAA